CCCACCAAGACAGCCGCGUGAGAGAGAGAGACAGAAGAGAGAGAAACACCACCAUCUGUCCAUCUCUUUCUCUCUCCUCUUCCCCGUUCCUCUCGCUCUCACCCUCUCCUAUACUCUCUUCCGUCGCCGGCAGCCUCUCCGGCGGCGCAGAUUCUCCGGAAAACGCACCGCCGCCGCCGCCUAAGCCUGCCCAUUUCUCCGAUCACCGCCUCGCACCUCGUGCCUCCACCGCGAGUUCGUCCGCCUGCCCAGAUCCACCUCGCCUCCCUCGCGCUCUCGCCCCCACCACGCGCGCUGAUCAACAGGCGACGGAAGCGCCGAAAACGUGCGCUCGAGCCUCAGAUCCAGCGAUCCGCGUGCGCCCGCGUCCACCAUGGACGACUUCCAGGGCCUCCUGGCCCGCGACUUCGGCCUCCGCCCGCAGGGGAAGGCCGCGCCCAUGUCGGCCGCCCGCACCUCGGCGACCUCCGGAUCCGCUUGGACCAAUCCCAGAUCCACUUCGGCAUCCACCAAUGCCCCCUCCGCACCCUCGUACGACGACCUCUUCGGGACCGCGGCGUCCGCCCCGCCGCCCAAGGCCACGCCGUCUCCCUCCGUCGACUCCAUCUUCGAAUCAUUCAAGGAGCCCUCCGCCGCUGCACCGCCACCGAAGCCGAAGCCGAAGCACUCGUCCAUGCCGGUGUUCGACAAACCGGUCUAUGACGACGACAUCUUCGACGGGGUCCCCGGGGUGAAGAGCUCGUCAGCUCGGCAUGAUGACGUGUUCGGUGGGAGCCACGCGCCACCCCCGGCAUACGACGACUUGCUCGGGGGAUUUGGGAAGAAAUCGGAGGCGAGGGAGGAGGUGGAGAAGAGGAAGCCAGAGCCAGCUGCUGCUGCUGCUUCGUCGACUGGGUUUGAUGAUUUGAUCCCAGGAUUUGGCGGGAGUAGCCUGCCGCGGCGAAGGGAAACUGUUGGUGCUAAAGAAAAGAAGGUUUCCAUGUCAACAUCUAAGCCAACAGCUGACAUGGCAAGUGACCCCUUUGUUGUUCUGGAAACAACUUUGUCAUCAGCCCAUCCAUCAUCUGGGAUAUUUGCAGAUCCCUUGGAUGAGUUAGGUAAACCUGCAAAAUAUCAAGGAAAAAACCGUGGAAGUAGUGCCAUUGACAGCGGUCUGUUUGAGGGUUCAAGAACUUUCAACCAGGCACCAAAAUCAGAACCUUUGUUUACGUCAGAGAUGGGCAGUGGCUCAAAAGAUAGGAACGACUCGAGCAGAGCCCGAGCCUCAAGUCCUGUCCAAAGUUAUCCCGGAAGAAACUCCGCCCAACAACCUUCUGUGGAGGACUUUGAAAAUAUCUUUCCUAAGUCGCAGUCUGCCCGACAUUCUGAUGUCCAUGUUGACAUUGGUGGAAAUGUAAAUGAUCAAUCACCAAGAUCUGAUGAAUCUGAAGAUGAGAUAUGGCUUACAGUAUCUGAGAUACCCCUCUUCACACAGCCAACUAGUUCCCCGCCACCUUCAAGACCACCACCACCUCUUGCAAUUAAGCAAAAACAACAUGGAUCAAAAGCAAAAAGAAAAGAUGAUGAGUAUCUACGGCGGUCUAACCAAAACUACAAUCAUCAAAGAAGUUCUUCAAAUCAAGCUGGUGUUUCUUCCAUAGAUGAACUAGAAGAUUUUGCCAUGGGCAAGUCUCAGAAUGCAGGUGCUUUUAACGAGGAAGAAUUUGAGAGAAGUACAGCAGCGGCAGCAUCUGCAGCUGCUAUGAAAGAAGCCAUGGAUAAAGCUGAGGCAAAAUUCAAACAUGCCAAGGAAUUUCGAGAGAGAGAACGUGAUGCAAAGCUUAGAAAUAGGGAACAACAGGAACAAGAUAAUGAAGCAAGGUCGUAUACCCAGGAUCACAAGGAGAAAGAGAGAAAGGAAAGACUAGAACGAGAAAGACAAAGAGAGGAAAAGGAGAGAGAACAAAGAAAACUUGAAGAAGAGAGAGAACUUGAGCGACAGAGAGGAAGAGAGAGAGAUAGGCAAGCAGUGGAGAGAGCUACAAAGGAGGCACGGGAAAGAGCAGCUUCUGAAGCUCGUGCAAAAGCAGAGAGGGAGGCACGCCAAUGUGCAGAGCGGGCUGCUGUGCAAAGAGCUCAACAGGAAGCACGCGAGAGGGCUGCGGUGGAGGCUAAAGAGCAAGCAGAGAGGGCUGCUGCUGAAGCAAAAGAGAAGGCUGCUAGUCAAGCCAGGGAUAGGGCUGCAGCAGAAAGAGCUGCUGUGGAGAGAGCUCAGCAAGAAGCAAGGAGGAGAGCUGAACGAGCAGCAGUGGAAAGGGCUGCUGCAGAGGCUCGGGAAAGGCAAGCUGCCGCCACCGCCGCCGCCGCAAGAGAGAAACAGAGUAAACCAGAUGAUCUUGAGUCCUUCUUUGGUAUGGGUGCCCGAGCUAAUAGUGCUCCGAAGCAAAGGGCUCCAACAGGGGAUUCUAUGUUUGAUUCUCAAACGCAAAAUAGAGGGACUUCCACUUCAGCAUCAAUGAAAAAGGCAUCAUCAACAACAAAUAUUACGGAUGACCUAUCUGCAAUAUUUGGAGGAGGUACUGAUCAUUUGAGAAGUAGAGCUCCUACAUCAUCAGAAGAAUUUCAAGAAAUUGAUGGAGAGAGCGAAGAAAGAAGGCGUGCUAGAUUCGAGCGGCAUCAAAGAACUCGUGAACGAGCCGCAAAGGCUUUGGCUGAGAAGAAUGAACGUGACAUGCAGAAUCAAAGAGAGCAAGCAGAAAGACAUAGAAUUGCGGAAACACUAGACUUUGAGAUUAAGCGGUGGGCUGCUGGAAAAGAAGGCAAUUUGCGUGCAUUACUAUCAACCUUACAAUAUGUUCUUUGGCCAGAAUGUGGAUGGCAGCCUGUAUCCCUUACUGAUUUGAUCACUGCUGCUGCUGUUAAAAAAGUGUAUAGAAAGGCAACAUUGUGUAUCCAUCCUGAUAAGGUGCAACAAAAGGGUGCAAAUCUCCAACAGAAAUAUAUUGCUGAGAAGGUUUUUGAUCUUCUUAAGGAGGCAUGGAACAAAUUCAACUCUGAAGAGCUCUUCUAAACAGCGUCGUGAAUGAACGUAUCGUCAUCCAUCAAUGCCUGCAUGGGGCACUCAAGGAGGAACAUGCAAGCUAGAGCGGCUUGCGGUCGGUCGGGGAAACCACGAAGCAAUCAAGUGAAAGCUCCACUACAAUUGUCAUCGUUGUCGGCACCAUGAUUUGUUUUACUCCUCCAUUUUGAUUUCCUAUUUGUAUGCGUUGGUUCAAUGACAACUCUCAGCUGCAUGCGGCGGCCCUAGCCGGACCCCACCCCGUCCAGUAGGUGUAUAUUAGUGCCCUUUUUUGUACCAUUUAUCCUGGGCAGUUUGUGCCAGCAGAGUGGGGGCGCGUGGGGCCAGUGUUGUGAUUUUGAAUUAGGUACAGGGUUUAUUUACCAUGGAUGUCACCUUGUUUGAUGCCCAUGGUACUGUGGUAAGUUCAGUUGUUUAUAGUGGACUUCUGGAACACCCAUUAGAGCUCUGUCUGAUUUGUGUGAUCGAUCUUGUAUAAAAUUGUUCUGGAAUUUUGA